AUGGGUACAGUGAUCAUUGAAGAUGUGGCGGUGGUCUUCACGCACGAAGAGUGGGAUUUGCUGGAUCCUGCUCAGAGGAAACUCUACAGAGAUGUGAUGAUGGAAACCUUGAGAAACCUGGCUUCAGUUGGUGCAGUCAUGGAAUCACAUGGCUGGAAGGAUCACCUUGACAACCAGGGGAGACAUUUGAGAAUUGGUACAAUCAAGAACCUGGGUGAACGUUGUGAACACAACCAGUGUGGGGAAAUAUCUAGCCCGAUUCCUGGUCUUUCUGUGCAGCAAAUAGAUCCCACAGAAGUAGAUGCUUUUGAAUGCUGUGAGUAUGGAGGAGCCUUCCUGGAUCAUUCCCUAGAGAACAAUCGUAGUAGAGCUCACGCUGGGAGCAGUACCUGUCAGUGUCCGGACUGUGGAGAAGACUGCAGGUGUCCUUCUCCUCUGACCACGCCUGUGAGCACUCAUGGUGGGAAAAAUACUCAUAAAUGUAAGAUAAGUGGAGACAGGCCGCAUGAAUAUACGGAGUGUGGGAAAGUCUCUGGUGAGGCGUCACUCCUCCCUGGACUUGUAGGAACUCACAGUGCACAGAGGUCAUUUGAAUGUGAAGAGUGUGGGAAAUCCUUUAGGGAUUCCUCACAGCAGAGUCGAUAUUUGCAAACUCACAGUGGAGACAGGCUGUAUGAAUUACAUAGAACAAUUCACAGGGGAGAGAAGCCUUACGAAUGUAAGCAAUGCAGGAAAGCCUUCAGAUUUUCCUCAGAGUGCAGGAGACACAUAGGAACCCACAGUGGAGAGAGGCACUAUGAAUGUAAGGAGUGUGGGAAAGGCUUUCUAACACCCUCAAGCCUCAGAAGACAUACAAUAAUCCACAGUGGAGAGAGGCCCUAUAAAUGUAAAGAAUAUGGAAAAGCCUUUAGAACAAGCGCAGAUCUUACAGGACAUAGAAGAAUCCACAGUGGAGAGAAGCCUUAUGAAUGUAAGGAGUGUGGGAAAGUGUUUAGAACAACUUCACACCUCAAAAUACACAUGCGGACCCACAGUGGAGAGAGGCCCUAUGAAUGUAAGGAAUGUGGGAAAGCCUUUGUUAGAGUCUCAGGCCUCAUAGUACAUAGAACAAUUCACAGUGGAGAGAAGCCUUAUGAAUGUAAGCAAUGUGGAAAAGCCUUUGGACUGUCCUCUCAGUGCAGGAGACACAUGCGGACCCACAGUGGAGAGAGGCCCUUUGAAUGUAAAGAAUGUGGAAAAGCCUUUAGAACAACCUCACAUCUUACAGAACAUAGAAUAGUCCACAGCGGAGAGAAGCCUUAUGAAUGUAAGCAAUGUGGGAAAGCCUUCAGAUUUUCCUCACAGUUCAGGAGACAUAUGCUAACCCACAGUGGAGAGAGGCCCUAUGAAUGUAAGGAGUGUGGGAAAGCGUUUAGAACAACUGCACAACUUACAACACAUAGAGGAAUCCACAGUGCGGAGAGGCCCCAUGAAUGUUUGGAGUGUGGGAAAACCUUUAGACAACCUGCACACCUUAGCAAACAUGAAAGAAUCCACAGCGGAGAGAAGCCUUAUGAAUUAUACAUAAGUGAAUUCAUAGUGGAGAGAGACAUUAAGAAUGUAAACAGUUUGGGAAAGCCGUUACAAGAGCCUCAGCCCUUAUUGUACAUAGAAGAAUCCGCAGUG